CAAUCCUUUUUUCGGGACCUUCCCACCUUUACCUUCUUUACCCUUUCUUCUUCAGUAUCUCAUCGCUGGGUUUAUUGCAUCUCAUUCAAGCCUAACAAUACCACAACGAGGGCACCGGAAGCUGCUCAAGAUGAAGUCUGGAAUCUUCAUCGCCUUCACUGCCGCUGGCGCGGCUGUGAGCUCCGUCACGGCCUUGUCCUUCCCUCGCGCUGCUGAAGGCCAGGGAUUCAUCGCCAUGCCGGUCAGACAGGUCAGACCCGACUACAGUCACCUUAGCAAGCGAGAGGCCAUCGAGGUCACCCUCAAGAAUCAGCAGUUUUACUACUCGACUGACAUCUCGAUCGGCACUCCUGCCCAGCAGGUGACUAUCCUGCUCGAUACCGGCUCCUCUGAGCUCUGGGUCAACCCGGACUGUUCCACCGCUCCUUCUGCCGCCCAGGCAAAGGAGUGCAGCAGCGCUGGCAUGUACAACCCGUCCAGGAGCCGCACUCCGGCCGUUGGCCCUAUUGGAGCUCGAAGACUCUUCUACGGAGACGCUUCGGACCCCAAUACUCAGACUAGCGCCGAGAUCGCUUACUACGUUGACACCAUCACUAUGGGCGCUGGUGCCAUUGUCAACCAAACCUUUGGCGUUGUCACCAAGAGCGAUGGUAUCUCUACCGGCAUCAUGGGCCUGGCUCCCGAUCUCAAGGCUGGCUACGAAAAGGGCAAGCCCUAUAGUCUGAUCCUCAACACUUUGGCUGAUCAGGACGUCAUCGGCAGCCGUGCCUUUUCGCUUGAUCUCCGUCACGCUACUUCUGACUCUGGAGCGCUCAUCUACGGCGGUCUCGACAAGGGCAAGUUCAUCGGAGAGCUUCUGCAGGUCCCCAUGGUUAAUGGCAUGAAAGGCGAGCCUCGUCUCGCAGCUGAGCUUUCCUCUGUCGGUAUGACUCUGCCCAACCAACCUACCAAGUUUUACGACAUCAGCGCGGCCGACACGAACGUUAUGCUCGAUUCGGGUACUACUCUGACACGCCUUCAUCCUGCCCUCGCGCGUCCUAUUCUCGCGGACCUCAAGGCAGUGAGUGACAACAACGGAUACUGGAUCGCCGACUGCUCCUACCGCACCCCGAGCCUCGCCAACGGCGGCAGCGACUCCUACAUGAGCUUCACCUUUGGCAAGAAGACGAUCCGCGUGCCCUUCAGCGACUUCAUACUCGACAUGGGCCCCUCUGAUGGCCAGUGCUACGUCGGUCUCGUCGUUACCACCGACCAGCAGAUCCUCGGCGACAGCAUGAUGCAGGCCGGCUACUUCGUCUUCGACUGGGACAACAAGGCGAUCCACAUGGCUCAGGCCGCUAACUGCGGCAAGGAGGAGAUCAUCGCCAUCACCAACGGCGAGAACGCCGUCCCCAGCGGCAUCGUUGGACUCUGCAACGGACCUGCCACCCCGGACGGCAGCGUCGCGCCCGCGCCUGGUGCAUCGUCCCCCUCCGCGACCGGUAACACGAUGCCCGCUUCGUCUCCUACCUCCGCUGCGGCCACUGGCGGCGGUGGCUCCCCGACGACUACCGGCACGACGACCGCUGCCCCGACCGCGGCCGAGCCUUCCUCGUCGAGCUCCUCCGAUUCUCACAAUGCCGCCCCGUCCCUUUUGGGCAGCGACCAGGUCUUCAUGGGCUUGUUCAUGAGCAUCUUGGCCAUCUUGGCCACCACGGCUGCGUUCUAAGUCUGACUUUGAAUAAUUUUGGGAACACAACAGGAAAAGGCUAAGGAUACGAUACCCCUUUUGUUCAGGUUUCAGGUUUCGGGAGGCAUUCUUUGGGGAAUUCCCAUUACUACUUUUGCAUUCACAAGAACGGCAUGGAACAUUUGGGGAUGGGAAGGAAUUAAUGGAAACCUCCUUCUCUUCUUGUUCUGUCUCAUCUGUCA